AAAGAGGAUGACAGUUGGCUUCUUACAAUAAAGCUAUGAAGGCUGGCUUUGACCCAGAUGACCAUUCUGGUCAGGAGAGAGAGACUGAGAAGGCCACGGAUCGACUAGCCAGUGGAGCACAGAGCAUCCCUAAUGAUGGUCCUGCUGGUGGUGAGGACACCCAUUCUGAAGAGGAAGGCUUUGCCGUGGAUGAUGAAGAUUCUGAUGGGGAACUGAAUACAUGGGGGCUGUCAGAAGGGGUGUCUAGCUGUCUGCCCAAGGAACAGGCUGCUGAUCUUUUUAAUGAGGACUGGGACUUGGAGUUGAAAGCAGAUCAAGGGAAUCCGUAUGAUGCUGAUGACAUCCAGGGUUGCAUUUCUCAAGAGGUGAAACCUUGGGUGUGCUGUGCCCCGCAAGGAGACAUGAUCUAUGAUCCCAGUUGGCACCAUCCACCUCCACUGAUACCCCAUUAUUCCAAGAUGGUCUUUGAAACUGGACAGUUUGAUGAUGCUGAAGACUGAGGGUGCAGCUUUUUGCCUGAGACAGGGUGCGGUAUCGAGUCCGCAGCAACGCCCUUUCCAUCCUUCGUCUCAUUGCCACCGUCCUCACUCCAAGUCCAGGCUUUGGGCCAGCCCAAGUCCAAGUCCUU